AGACGUGUCCUGCGUUUCGCGUGGAUGAGUGCGUAGCUUUAGUGCAUUCUGACUGCAUUCCACACUCCUUUCUACCAUGGUUCGCCUCUACUAUUAUAAAGAUCAGCGAUACUCAAARCUUAAAGCUCAGUGCGAGAGAGAAGGCAGUCUAUUUGUCGAUGAUGAAUUCCCGCCUGAAACUCGCUCGAUGUUUUUCAGUAGAACGCCUGGAGCAGAGCGUGUUGAGUGGAAAAGACCGAAGGACAUCUGUUCACCCCUUGAGCCCAAGCUGUUUGUUCAUGGUGCUGAUAGUCAUGAUGUCACACAAGGCAAGUUAGGAAACUGCUGGUUUGUUGCUGCUUGUUCUUCGUUGGCUUUGAGACCAUCUCUUUUGGAAAAGGUUAUUCCUGACAGCAAGCAUCAAGAAUGGGACCCUCAACAUCCUGACAAUUACAAGGGRAUAUUUCGUUUUCGAUUCUUCCGGCAGGGCAAGUGGACUGAAGUUGUUAUUGAUGACAUGCUGCCUACCAUCAAUGGGCAGCUUGUAUACAUCCAUUCCAAGGAAAAGAAUGAGUUUUGGAGUGCAUUGGUUGAAAAGGCUUACGCCAAAUUGGCAGGUACGUACGAAGCCUUAGAGGCAGGCAACACAGGGGAUGCCCUCGUUGACUUUACCGGUGGUGUUGGUGAAUCUAUCAACCUUAGAGAAGGAGGUUAUGCUAAUGAUUCUGAGAAGAGAGCACAGCUCUUUAAGACAAUGAAGAAAGGCAUGAAGGAUAAAUCCUUAAUGAGCGCAUCUAUUAAGAUCAGCAAUCGUAAUGAAAUGGAACAGAGGAUGGAGACUGGUCUGGUAAAAGGCCACGCGUAUGGUGUAACUGAUGUAAAAAAGAUUACUAUUGGAGAUGGCCUUUUGAGUCUUUUUAACCAACAACAUUUUUUUAUGAUUCGUUUGCGAAAUCCCUGGGGUCAGAAAGAAUGGAACGGCGCGUGGAGUGAUGGAUCUGAUGAAUGGAACAAGUUGAAAGCAAGUGACAGGCAAAAGCUGGGAAUAACGUUUGAAAAUGACGGUGAAUUUUGGAUGUCUUUUGAAGAUUUCUGCACGCACUUCACUAAUGCGACUCUAUGUCACGUGAUCAACCCUUCAAUCAUCAAUUAUAUAUUCAAACAAUGGCACGUUUACAAGCACACCUACCAAUGGACGCCGGGACAAAAUGCAGGGGGAUGUGUUCAAAACAGGGAAAGUUUUCUUAAGAACCCCCAGUAUGCUUUUACUAUCAAAGAUGGUGACUCUGGUCAAGCAAUGGUUGCUUUGAUGCAAGAAGACAGACGACGAGAUAAAGACAAAGGAGCUACUAACCUAACGAUAGGUUUCUUUGUAAUGAGGGUAGAACUUAACCGUAAAUAUCGCGUCCAUUCGAUGUUUGAGAAAGCAGGAGACUCUAUCUUUAUCAACGCUCGUGAAGUGAUGAGUAGACUUCACCUGACACCAGGUCGAUAUGUCGUAGUACCAUCCACGUAUGAACCGAACGUCGCUGGUAAUUUCCUGGUCAGAAUCUUCACCGAAAAACGGUCCAAGGCCAUGUUUCUAGACCAAGACCAUUCUGUUGGCAGCAAGAUCUGGUGUUGUCUGCCACAAUGUCGCCAGCCUCAUUGCAUCGUUUCUAUCUACCUACUAGGUGCGACUGGUUUACAGAAAGGUGGAGCUAGUCUUACGCCAGAUCCCUAUGCUACCAUAUCGUGCGAGGGACGAAAGGUUAAAACACCUAUUCAGAAGAACACCUUGGAACCGAAGUGGAACACAGGAGCAUUGUUUUAUGUAAGACAGCCACAGAAAAGUCAGAUUCUUAUUCAGAUCUGGGACUACAACUGGACGAUCGAUACGUUUAUGGGUCAAGCUAAGAUACCAAUCAAAAUAACAAACUCCAAAACACAGUCCACUCACACCCUGACKGGUCGACGUCGACAGCAGUACGUCGAAGUCCCUGGGACACUAACCGUUCAAAUAGCCGCGUAUACAGACCUUUUCAGCAUCUAAUGACAAUACCUCAGACAAACAGACAGUAGAAAGCUUUACAUGUAAACAUGUUUCUCUCCGAAAGAAAGUAGAUUUAUACAUUUCAGCUGUUUGGUACGGUGAUAGAAUGUUGAAAAUAAUUUUGAUAAAUAAUAUUUAGCUAACUAGGUAAGGUAAAUAUUCGGAAUCUAAAUCUAAGUAAAAAGAAGUUUUUUGUGUUUGUGUUUAAUGCAUUCUGUAGUGAAUGGCUUUAAUUGAGAUACACCUACUUGAAGCAGGUUGUCAGAGAGAAUGUCUCGUGUUAAUGACCGAAAAGGGCUAUGGGUGUAUUCAUGUUCGGAUCAAGAAUUCUCUCGGACACCUUGAGAUUAUACCAUCAAUAAACCUCUGAAACUCAGUAUUAGACGUUGAACACUUCAKCAUCUUGAUGUAAAACAAGAACAAAUGAUAACCAAUGUCUUGAARCAAGUAUUGUGUUUUCUGUGUGUCAAAGGAGGGGUAAAAGUUGAAAUUAUCAUUUGAAAUCCUACAAUAUGAAAUGAUGACCAGUAUUGUCAAAAGUUUAUAAAAUGCAYAGAUGUUCUGUGAACUUUGCAAGCAUCAAUAAAGUUUCCAUUUUAGCUUUAAA